AUGACUGAAGGCUACGCCAAGUAUGCGCCUGGCUAUUUCCGAAUUGCGACUGUCCAGGACGAGUGUGUUAUCGUCACAGACCGCGACAAGGUGGCCGAGUAUCUGCGAGCCCCGGAUGAUGUGCUGAGUAUGCAAGACGCGGCGAAUGAUCAACAGCAAUUAGCGUUCACGAUGGGAUACGGUGUAGCUCACCGUACCUACCACACGCCGAUCGUGCGAACAAAGCUGACCCAAAGUAUCAAAACACAUUUGGAAGCUAUGCAGGCCGAGAUACAGAGCAGCUUGGAUGAUCUGAUAGGAUAUCCUACCGAAUGGACUCCCUUUACCAUCUAUCGACUAAUGGCCAUGGUUGUCGCGCGUACCAGUAAUCGAGUAACGGUCUCGGAUGGAUUACACAAGGACCCAGUCUUCCUUAACACCGCGAUCGACUAUGCCGAGGCCGUUGUUCUUUCGGCCGAGCUGGUCAGGCCUUUCCCUAACUGGAUGAAGCACAUUGUGAUUCGACUCACGCCUGUGUGGUCUUGUCGGCGCAGAGCCACCAAAUUCCUGGAGCCAAUAUUGACUAAGCGGCUGAAAGGAGACUUUGACCAAGGAAAGAAGCCCGAAGAUCUCCUUCAGUGGCUCAUGGAUGCGGCACCUCCUAUCGAGAGAAAUAUUCCGCAUAUGGUGGAGCGGAUCAUGUCGAUGAAUGUUGCGUCAAUUCACACAACGACCAUGACAUUCACGGGUGCGCUCUUUAAACUUGCAGCGGAGCCAGAGAAGUACACGCCAGAGUUACGGCAAGAGUUGGAACAAGUGCUGAAGGAAGGUCCUUUGACCAAAGAUCGUCUCACCCAAUUGCGCAAAAUGGACAGCUUUCUCCGCGAGUCCGCUCGAUUGAACAACAGCGGUCUUCCCCGUCCGAUCCCUAUUACCUUUACCUCCUUCAAGACUAACAUCGGCCCUCUAAUUCUAGUUGCGAUCCAACGCAAUGCCAAGAAGACAUUCACCUUCAGUGACGGCACCGUGAUCCCCGCCGGGGCCAAGAUCGGCAGCCCAACACGCUUCGCCCACCGAGAUCCUAAAAUCUACAAGAACCCAGAGGAGUUCGACGGUUUCAGAUUCGCUCGCAUCCGUGACGGAACUACCGACAACACCGUCUCCGCCUCGUAUCAAGCGAUCAGCACAGCGCCAGAGCUCCACGUUUUCGGCCACGGAAAGCAUGCCUGGUAG